CCCGCGCGUCGGGUUAAAUCCCCCCAUCCCGACAGCGGCUCCUCUCACCUGCACCCGCCGGGCGCAGCACCAUGACUGCCUGUCGCCUCAGUCCGCUCGUCGCCCCCCUCCUCCUGGGCCUGGUGCUGCUCGGCUGCCACCAGGUCACAGGCACGGAAGCAGAGAAAACGGGCGUGUGCCCCGAACUGAAGGAGGACCUGAACUGCACGCAGGAGUGCGGCUCCGAUGGAGAAUGCGCGGACAACCUCAAGUGCUGCCGCGCCGGCUGCGCCACCGUCUGCCAAAUGCCCGAUGAAAAGCCGGGCUCCUGCCCCAAGGUGGACCUUCCCUUGACUCCGCUUGGCCUCUGCCGGGACCAGUGCCAGGUGGACAGCCAGUGUCCCGACCUGAUGAAAUGCUGCCGCAAUGGUUGCGGGAAGGUGUCCUGCGUCACGCCUGUCUUCUGAGUUUCAGCCACCACAGCCUGAGGAAUGAGGGAGUGGGAGUUUCUGCCUGGCCCUGCCUGGCUCCGGCCCAGUCCUGUCUGGCUUCAGCCCAGCCGCCCUCCCCUUUUUCUGGCCUCUGCGCACCCUCCCAUGCUGGCCACAGUUUCAUUUUCCAACCAAUAAAAUGACCACUUCCA